AUGGGGAGCUCACGGUCCUCCAGGUCCGAGGAUAGAAACCCUCCCUCGGAAGCAGCCGAUAAACCGCAAAAUGAUAUUGAUCAUAAGAGCACGGCCAGCGAGGCCGCACUCUCAGCGGAACUCAUUUCCGCAGGAUCGCAGAACUUGCAACGGAGGAUUGGCGGCAAAGAAGUUCAACUGUUUGCGUCGAUCCACAACAAGCUAAUGCUCCUCGAUUCAUCAGCACUUUUUGUGCAAAUGGGUGCGUCAUUACCAAAAGGCGGACCGGCUGGCCUUUUUCUGGGGUUUGUAUUGUACGGGACGAUCAUGCUCGCGGUGAAUCAAUGUUUCGCUGAGAUGGUCACGUAUCUGCCCAUCGCGUCACCGUUCGUCCGGUUGGCAGGAUUCUGGGUAGAUGAUGCGCUGAGCUUUGCAAUGGGUUGGAACUACUUUUUCCUCAUGGCCUUCAACGUCCCUUACGAAAUUACGGCUAUUAAUGUCCUUCUUACCUACUGGACCGACAAGAUUCCAAUCCCUGUCGUUGUCUUUGUCUGCCUCAUCAUCUACGCUGUCUUGAACGGGCUUGCAGUCAAGUGGUUUGCCACGUCAGAAUUUUACAUGUCGAUCUUCAAAAUAUUUCUUAUGCUCGGCCUGAUGAUGUACACCUUUAUCACAAUGGUGGGAGGAAAUCCGCGAGGGGAUGCAUAUGGGUUUCGCUAUUGGAAUAGUCCUGGGGCAUUUGUCGAGCAUCUUGCUUCUGGAGACACAGGGCGAUUCCUCGGAAUACUGUCCUGCAUGAUCCAAGGAUCUUUCACAAUGGUCGGGCCAGAAUUUAUUGCCAUGGCGGCAGCAGAGGCGGAAAACCCCCGUCGAUUGAUGCGAAAGGCUUAUUCUUCGUUUGUUUGGCGUCUCAUGUUCUUCUUCAUCGGCGGCGCCCUCUGCGUCGGAAUUGUUAUUCCUUACAAUGACAAGCUGUUGGCGAGCUAUAUUGAAGGAGACCAGAAAGGCACUGGCGCGGCGUCUCCCUACGUAAUUUCCAUGGUUCACUUCGGCAUCAAUGGUGUACCCGAUUUGGUAAAUGCACUCAUCAUGACCUCUGUACUCUCCGCGGGAAAUAAUGUUGUCUUCUCUGCCGCUCGCACUCUCCACGGAAUGGCAAUUGACUCAAAGGCCCCUGGAAUCUUUGCAAAAUGUACCAAGUUCGGAGUCCCAGUCUAUGCUGUCGCGGUAGCACUCACGUUUUCUCUUCUCUCCUUAUUACAGCUGGGUAAAUCGUCGUCCAACGUUCUGCAGUAUCUUGUCGGAUUCUGCACUGCUUCAUAUUUACUCAACUACUUUGGCACAGUGUUGACGUAUCUUCACUUCUACGCCUCACUUAAAAAGCAAGGUGUCGACCGAAGCACCCUUCCAUACAGAGGCUACCUUCAGCCAUACGCGGCUUGGUAUGCCCUUAUUGGUACAUUCAUCAUGGCACUUGUUCUGGGAUACGACGUUUUCAUUCACGGCAACUGGGACACAACUUCGUUUUUCACCAACUAUAUAAUGGUUGGCUUCUUCCCUGUGGCAUACUUGGGGUGGAAAUUUGUUCGAAGAACGACCUACGUCCGCCCUGGGACUGCAGACUUGCAAGUUGGAAAUGCGAAACGGGAUAUUGAUCUAUAUGAGGCUCUGUACGAGCCACCGAAGCGAGGCAAGGUUUCUGGGUAUCUGAACAGCUUUUUCGAAUAG